AUGGUAUUGGUAGAGGAUUCGCGGGGCGCCCAAGCCCAAUCCCAGUCCCCAACGAGACCAGGGUCUGCCUGGACCAGCAAUUCCUUCUUUGCCGACUCCGCCAUCAGCCUCAGAACUUCCACUCCAAAACCUUUCGAUGAUGAUACAAAUACCGCCGAGUCCUUUGAUCCUGUCACACACCUAUCUGAUCGUCUGAGGGGACUGGUCUCCGAAAUCUGGGCCAGUGAGCAAGAUGGCGCCCUACGAGGGAGCAAGAGGCGGAGAAUUGAGGCGGCCAUGGAUGACAUCGAGACAGCCCUCAUCGAAGACGAUAACGCCGCAGUGCAAGGCGAAGACGACCACAACGAAGCCACCCAAUCUACCAAUCAAGAAGAAGUGCUCGUGACGCAAGAACUUGAAUUGAUCCGGACCAACUUGACCCUCACCAUUGAAUCUAUGCGCAUGCGCCAGCAGGAACAGAGCCACCUUCAUGAACUGACGAUGGAAAAACUUGAAGCUGUCGCACAACGAUGUGUACAACAAGAAACUCGCCUGCGAGAUUUCCGUGACGAGAUCAAGUUGUUGAAAGAGCGGAACCGCCAAUUGAGUCGCGAGAAUGUUGAUUUGGGUGAUCAACUGGAACACAGCAGAGCAGAAUCGCGCAAAAGAGAUGACGCGGUACAUGCCAUGUCGAGUGCGGUCGCCGGCUUGAAUGGCUGGAUCAACAGCACAUCGCCUGCGUCACAACCUGCACGAAAAAUUGUUGUUCGAGGACGUGGGAGAUUUCGUGGGCGUUAUUAUGUGGAUGAACCCGAGGAGGGUCCAACGGCACCUGGUCUCGCAGCCGCCUCCGAUGCUAGGACAAUACACGAGGGUGUCAAUGCCUGGUUGCGUGGUUUCAGUGAUAUCGAACAAGAGUUGGAGUCUAUUCCAAUUGGGAUGAAUGCUCAUGCAAAGCAGGCUGACAGUCGCUCUAUAGGUCACGACGAAGAUGACUGGGGUGAAUUUGAGACAGUCUCAGGAAUAUGA